GUCUGUUGCUGUGGCGACCCGUAAUCACAACACUACCUGUGGAGGACCAGACCUGUGUUGAAAAGUAGCACCGUGUUUCGUUGGAGGGAGGAAGAUAACGGAGUAAAAAGUGUGAGAGGACGCGGUAUCCAUCAAUACCACACAUUACACUACAAUGUCGCAGCGGCACGUCGUUCAAGUUUUCGAGCAAUAUCAGAAAGCCAGGAUGCAGUUUGUGCAAACUGUCGCUGAUCUCGCGAACCGGCCACAAAAUAUAGAACUACUCCAAAAUGCAGGUGUGAUGUCCCUGCUGCGCCCCUUGAUGCUUGAUGUUGUCCCCAGUAUCCAGCAUACAGCAGCUUUGGCUCUGGGCCGCCUGGCAGACAACAGCGAGGACCUCGCAGAGGCUGUGGUGAAGGAGGACAUCUUGCCACAGCUGGCCCAUUCCCUGGCCUCGCAGAAUAGGUUCUAUAAGAAGGCAGCAGCAUUUGUUCUGCGUGCAGUAGCCAAACACUCCCCGGAGCUGUCACAGGCUGUGGUGGCCUGCAGGGGGGUGGACGCUCUGGUUCUGUGCCUGGAGGAGUUUGACCCCGGGGUGAAGGAGGCUGCUGCCUGGGCUUUGGGCAACAUUGCACGACACAAUGCGGCCUUGUCUCAGUCAGUGGUGGACGCGGGUGCCGUUCCCCUGCUGGUCUUGAGUCUUCUGGAGCCAGAGAUGGCCCUCAAACGCAUCGCAGCCUCCACUCUCAGUGACAUCUCCAAACACACGCCAGAGCUGGCACAGACUGUGGUGGACACUGGAGCCAUCGCACACCUGGCACAGAUGAUCCUCAGCCCAGACACCAAGCUCAAGAGGCAGGUGUUCGCUGCCCUCACUCAGAUCAGCAAGCACUCCGUGAGCCUGGCAGAGAUGGUGAUAGAGGCUGAGAUCUUCCCCGCAGCCAUGUCCUGUCUCAGAGAUCCAGAUGAGUACGUCAAGAAAAAUGUUGUCACCCUAAUGAGGGAGGUGGUGAAACACACUCCAGAGCUGGCCCAGGUGAUUGUGAAUUGUGGGGGCUUGGAAGCAGUGAUUGACUACCUGGGCAAUUGCCAUGGAAACGUGCGUUUGCCUGGCAUUAUGAUGCUGGGAUAUGUGGCAGCUCACAGUGAAAGCCUUGCCAUGGCUGUCAUUGUCUCUAAGGGGGUGCCCCAGCUGGCCCUAUGUCUGUCGGAGGAGUCUGAAGAUCACAUCAAGGCGGCCACAGUUUGGUCAGUGGGCCAGAUAGGGCAUCACACCCCUGAGCACGCCAAGGCAGUGGCCACAGCUAACCUGCUGCCCAAAAUACUGGAGCUUUACAUGAACGCCAGCAGCUCUGAGGACCUGCAGACCAAAAGUAAAAAAGCUCUGAAGAGCGUUCUGCAGAAAUGUACUUACCUGCCAAGUCUGGAGCCCCUCCUCUAUGAAGCUCCAAGCAACAUCCUUAAACAUGUGGUCUGUCAGUUCAGCAAGGUGCUGCCUCAUGACAGCAGAGCACGCCGCCUCUUUGUGACCAGUGGUGGACUGAAGAAAGUCCAAGAGAUCGAGGCUGAGCCCGGGUCUCCCCUCCAGGAAUACAUCAAUGCCAUCAACGGCUGUUUCCCUGAGGAGAUAGUGAGGUACUACUCUCCCGGCUACUCGGAGGCCUUGCUUGAGCGAUUAGAUGACUACCAGCCGGCCUGACAUCGGCUCACAGCACACAUCCGGUGUCGAUAUUCAUGUGAAAAUAUACUGUGCCUUUACAAAUGUUUUUCUUUUUCUUUUGUUUUUCCCCAAAGGUUUUCAUGCCAACUGUUAAAUUAAAAGGUUGAAUAUCCAAUAAAAAGACAGCAUCCAGGCUAGAAUGUUCUCUUUAGAUGCUACACCUGCUUCUGCACUCUAACGGUGCAUUCGCAGCCAGCGUGACAUUUCAUGCAGUUGGAAGUGUUUCUGUUCUGCACAGAGAGGUCAAAGGUCAUGUUCAGUGACACAGCAGCAGGUGGUAGAGAUUUAAUUAGGCUGCGUGCUCGCUGACGCAUGGAUCUGACUCAGCCCCCGCUGUCUAAGCUCCUCAGCUCCUGAGACAGAGACAUCAUACUCUUGGAUAGAGACAUGUUACAGUGUUAUUUCUUUACUCGGCUCAUGGCGGGAAACAGAUGGCUCUUAUAUAAAAGCUGGUGUUCAUCGGCGCUUUUUAUUACGUCAGAUAAUGCAGAAAAGCAACAAAAUAAAUAAAUGCAUUAAAAGAAAAGAGAAAAACAUAUGACAAUGAAUUCACCUGGUGUGUGCUCACCCGCUGCUGAGCUCUGCAGGGCUCAGUCUGCCCCCUGGCGGUUGUGAAUGCCGCUGCACUUCAGCUGCGCGCGUGUGCGUGCAGCAGCUGCAGCGCACAUGGCGAGUCGCUCUUUGUUUAUUGUGUGCUGGGUUUCCCGCACUGAAGGGACGGUGCGAGUCAGCCCCGGCCUCUUACCGCUGCACGGGUCUGGACGCAUCACGGCAGCAGCUGCCGACACACUCUCUUAUUAAAAAGAAAAAGAAAAAAGACGUGUGCUCGCGACAGGACGCAUUUGAUCGCCUGUAGUGUCACGUGAAUUGUACAGAAUGAUUGUAGACCAAACGCUGUUCUCUUCAUAGUGCACUGAUCGUUUUAUAUUUCUUGUUUUUAAAUUUGUAUUUAUUUAUUUGGUUUUUGAACCACUUGCAGCUCCUUGUUCCGUGUGAAUAAUAAACAUGCUGUAGAGGUUACAGGUUAAUUAGAGAAAUGUUUGAAAACAUAAGCUGCCGUGUUUCUUCCUCAUUGGACUCUCGUACUGAAAAGUGUGAAACCUUCAUCCAAAGCCACAGGACGACCAGAGGCAGUGUUUUAAUUUCAUGCGUUCGUUCCCCUUAAACUACUGUACGAAACUAACACGUACAAUAAUAAUAAUUAAAAACAACAACUUUAAAGUUGGAUAUAGUUAUACUGAUCCAAAGACUUGUAAUACGAGUACAUGACGCCGAUGGUUCAUUAGUAUAUAUCCGUAUUAAUAUAGGCUGUUUUAAAGAGAGGUGACAUCACCAGGGUUUCCAAACUUAAUGAUAGUACACCGAGCUUACAA